CGACGGGCUGGUAAUGUCAAGAGAAAGCAAAGGGAUAUUGUCGGAUUAACAAAAACUCAGGAUGGGACAUUCCAACGUGCCGCUCACAUUUACGUACCAGUGUACCAACAGGGACAAACACAAGACCAGUCAUCUGCAACCUUACACGCCAAACGAGAACCUGAACAACGCAUUAGGUGCCAUCAGGGUGUUGGGUCUCGAGCGGAUGGAAGAUGAGCUGAAGCCUCACUUGCGCACUGUGCUGGUGAACAUUCAGGAGAGGAACAAAGGUGCCGCUGAGCAAGUGGUGAUCAGCGGAAUCCUUCCAGUUCUGGCGUUGCUGCUGAGGGGAAGGGGGCCUCUGGCGCUGCUAACCGCCCAACUGGUGGCUGAACUCGCCAAGGAACCGGUGAUCCGUAAAGGGUUCGGAGACGCCGGCCUGUUUACGGCUCUACUGUCUGUGCUGACCAGUGCACACCAGGACCUACUGAGGCAUGCAGUCCAGGCCAUCACUCGCUUGUCUUAUGACAGUUGUAAGCAUCAGCAGCUGUUACUCCGCAGAGGGGUGGUACCUCGUCUGGUUGCUGUCCUCUUGCGAUUCCCCGGCAACGAGGCCUUAGAGGAGUUAUGCCUCCGGGCCCUGUGCAACCUCAGUGGCAUGAGCAUAGUCGAAGAUGCCAGCGUGGUGUGGGAGAGGGGCACGCCUGCCCAGCCAGGGGAGUGUAUUUUUCGUGGCGUGUCACCACACAAGUGCGGCUUUGUUACUUCGGUGACUGUGGUGCGUGUGUGCCAAUGGGCGCCGGCGCAGUACGCCGUCAGUGUGGAGCUUGUGCAACGUUUUUCCACCUCCUUCUUUAGGAGUAAGCGGCCCACUCGAUGGUUCCCCUUUUUCAUCUUUGGGCAAUGUUCCAAGAUGGCAAACAGGAACAGCCUGAGACGCUCCAGUCUGAAGUCACUGGUCUUCCACACCUUCCUCUGAACUUGGCGCACUUUAACUUUUAGAGACAAAUUUUGCUCAAAUUUUUUAGUUACUUACUCAUUAAGUGGACUUUUACAACAGUUUACAUUGAUGUUAAGGCAGCUCACACUCAGUAGUACCACAGUCAUUUUUUAAUUGUCAAUGCUAUAUUGUGUCAUAAACCAAUGUGUAAAAAAACGAAUUCUUGCUUGAUAAAGAAAUUAUGUGAGAAAGUG